GGAGUCCGGGCUAAGUGCUGGAAGAAAGAACGGCGGGGCAGCCGCGCUGGGAGGACGCGCCGAGUGCGGGCUCUCCUCGGCGGGCGGCGUGCAGGAUUGGCGGACCCCUGCCCUUCGCAGCAUGCGCCGCGCCUGCUAGCUCUCCCGGGGCUCGCCCUCACCUAGCGCCGCCGGUCCCGCCUGGAUGGAGUCCCCCCUGGGUUCCCAUUGGCUCCUGUGAGUGCUUGGGUGUCGGGAGCCUGUUUUUGGCGAGGGGAACCAACUUUUGAAGUUCGCCCAGGAGACUGCGUUCCAGCCCCAGCUCCCCGGCAGCCGGACCAGGCGGAGGCGCGACCGCGGCGCGAGUCACCAUGGGAAGCAAAGGUGCCUACCGGUACCACUGGCAGAGCCACAACGUCAAGCACAGCGGCGUGGACGACAUGGUGCUGCUCUCAAAGAUCACAGAGAACUCCAUCGUGGAGAAUCUGAAGAAGAGAUACAUGGACGACUACAUUUUUACAUACAUAGGAUCCGUGUUAAUUUCAGUCAACCCUUUUAAGCAGAUGCCGUAUUUUGGGGAAAAGGAAAUUGAGAUGUACCAAGGAGCGGCACAAUAUGAAAACCCACCACACAUCUACGCCCUGGCAGAUAACAUGUACAGAAACAUGAUCAUCGACAGGGAGAACCAGUGCGUCAUCAUUAGCGGCGAAAGUGGUGCCGGGAAGACGGUGGCUGCCAAGUACAUCAUGAGUUAUGUCUCCAGAGUGUCUGGAGGGGGCCCCAAAGUCCAGCAUGUGAAGGACAUUAUCCUGCAAUCCAACCCACUGCUGGAGGCCUUCGGGAACGCCAAGACAGUUCGGAACAACAACUCCAGCCGAUUUGGAAAAUACUUUGAAAUCCAGUUCAGUCCAGGUGGGGAACCAGAUGGUGGAAAGAUCUCCAACUUCCUUCUGGAAAAAUCUCGGGUGGUGAUGAGGAACCCUGGAGAGCGGAGUUUUCACAUAUUUUACCAGCUCAUCGAGGGCGCCUCAGCGGAGCAGAAGCACAGCCUCGGCAUCACCAGCAUGGACUAUUACUACUACCUGAGCCUCUCCGGGUCGUACAAGGUGGAUGACAUCGACGACCGACGGGAGUUUCAGGAAACCCUGCAUGCAAUGAAUGUGAUUGGGAUCUUCGCAGAGGAGCAAACGCUGGUGUUACAGAUCGUGGCAGGCGUCCUGCACCUGGGGAACAUCAGCUUCAAAGAAGUUGGCAACUACGCAGCCGUGGAGAGCGAAGAGUUCUUGGCCUUUCCUGCUUAUCUGCUGGGGAUCAACCAGGACCGGUUGAAAGAAAAGCUCACGAGUCGGCAGAUGGACAGCAAGUGGGGAGGCAAAUCGGAAUCCAUCCACGUGACUCUCAACGUGGAGCAGGCCUGUUACACCAGGGACGCGCUCGCCAAGGCCCUGCACGCCCGCGUCUUUGACUUCCUAGUAGAUUCCAUCAACAAAGCCAUGGAGAAGGACCAUGAAGAGUACAACAUUGGUGUCCUGGACAUCUAUGGCUUUGAAAUAUUCCAGAAAAAUGGCUUUGAACAGUUUUGUAUCAAUUUCGUUAAUGAAAAAUUACAGCAGAUUUUUAUUGAACUGACAUUAAAGGCAGAACAGGAAGAAUAUGUACAGGAGGGGAUAAGGUGGACGCCCAUCGAGUACUUUAAUAACAAAAUCGUGUGUGACCUCAUAGAGAACAAAGUGAACCCCCCUGGGAUCAUGAGCAUCCUGGACGACGUGUGUGCCACGAUGCACGCGGUGGGCGAGGGGGCGGAUCAGACGCUGCUGCAGAAGCUGCAGAUGCAGAUCGGGAGCCACGAGCACUUCAACAGCUGGAACCAAGGCUUCAUUAUCCACCAUUACGCUGGAAAGGUCUCCUACGAUAUGGAUGGCUUUUGUGAAAGGAACCGUGAUGUGCUUUUUAUGGACCUGAUCGAACUCAUGCAGAGCAGUGAGCUACCUUUUAUAAAGUCUUUAUUUCCUGAAAAUCUGCAAGCUGACAAGAAAGGGCGCCCAACUACUGCCGGAAGCAAAAUAAAGAAACAAGCCAAUGACCUCGUGAGCACUCUGAUGAAAUGUACACCCCACUAUAUUCGCUGCAUAAAACCCAAUGAAACCAAGAAGCCCAGAGACUGGGAGGAAAGCAGGGUAAAGCAUCAAGUAGAAUAUCUGGGUCUGAAAGAAAACAUUCGUGUCAGAAGAGCAGGGUAUGCCUAUCGGCGCAUCUUCCAAAAAUUCCUGCAGAGGUAUGCCAUCCUCACCAAAGCCACCUGGCCCUCGUGGAGAGGAGACGAGAAGCAAGGCGUCCUGCACCUGCUGCAGUCUGUCAACAUGGACAGCGACCAGUUCCAGCUGGGCAGGAAUAAAGUGUUCAUCAAAGCCCCCGAGUCUCUCUUUCUUCUAGAAGAAAUGAGAGAGAGAAAGUAUGAUGGGUAUGCUCGGGUAAUACAGAAAUCAUGGAGAAAAUUCGUGGCCCGGAAGAAAUAUGUCCAAAUGAGAGAAGAAGCCUCAGACCUUCUGCUGAAUAAGAAGGAAAGAAGAAGGAACAGUAUUAACCGGAACUUCAUCGGGGAUUACAUUGGGAUGGAGGAGCACCCGGAACUCCAGCAGUUCGUGGGCAAGAGGGAGAAGAUUGACUUUGCUGACACCGUCACCAAGUAUGACAGGAGGUUCAAGGGUGUAAAGCGAGACUUGCUUCUUACCCCCAAGUGCAUGUACUUAAUUGGACGAGAAAAGGUCAAACAGGGCCCAGACAAAGGCCUGGUGAAAGAAGUCCUGAAGCGGAGGAUCGAGAUGGAGAGGAUCCUGUCUGUGUCCCUCAGUACUAUGCAGGAUGACAUUUUUAUUCUCCACGAGCAAGAGUACGACAGUUUGCUUGAGUCUGUCUUCAAAACGGAAUUCCUAAGUCUCUUAGCAAAGCGUUAUGAGGAGAAGACCCAGAAGCAGCUACCUCUGAAAUUCAGCAAUACGCUUGAACUAAAGCUGAAAAAGGAGAACUGGGGUCCCUGGAGCGCAGGGGGCUCCCGGCAAGUGCAGUUCCACCAAGGCUCCGGAGACCUGGCCGUCCUGAAGCCCAGUAACAAAGUGCUGCAGGUCAGCAUCGGACCCGGGCUGCCCAGGAACUCCCGUCCUACCAGAAGGAACACCACCCAAAACAGAGGUUAUUCCGGUGGGACUCAAAAUGCCAACUACCCGAUGAGAGCAGCCCCUCCUCCCCCAGGGUACCAUCAGAAUGGAGUCAUCAGAAACCAGUUUGUGCCACAUCCCCACACUCUCGGGAACCAGAGGUCCAACCAGAAAAGCCUGUACACUUCCAUGGUUCGCCCACCGUUGCCACGACAACAGUCCACCGGCUCCGACCGAGUGUCACAGACCCCCGAGAGCCUGGAUUUCCUCAAGGUCCCAGACCAGGGUGCUGCGGGUGUCCGGAGACAAACGACCAGCCGGCCUCCCCCAGCAGGGGGCAGACCCAAGCCCCAGCCCAAGCCCAAGCCUCAGGUGCCACAGUGCAAGGCUCUGUACGCCUACGACGCUCAGGACACGGACGAACUCAGCUUCAAUGCCAAUGACGUUAUCGAUAUCAUCAAAGAAGAUCCUUCUGGCUGGUGGACCGGUCGACUACGAGGCAAACAGGGCCUGUUCCCCAACAACUACGUGACCAAGAUCUGAGGCUCCGGAAACUCUGACAUGGGGCGGAGUGCCAGGCGCAGGCAGGGGAGGGACACUGGGGGGC